AUGUGUGCGCUCAAUGCGCUCAACGUCGUGCCGUACGUGGCGUUUGUAUGGUACUGGCCGGCCGUCUGGAACGAGUGGCAGUUCUACCGGAUUUUCACCGGCCUGCUCGUGCCCCACCCGCAGCCAAUGCAGGGACUGACCGAGAUAUACAUGGUUUACAGCUUUUCGCGGGGCCUCGAGGAGGGCAAGUUCUCCAGGAUCCUGCCUGACUACAUCUACUACCAUUUAAUUAUUCUGCCCAUAAUAGUGCUGGCAACAUUUUUCACUGCGCCGCCGCUGAUCUCAUCCACCCCCUCGUUGCUCUCUGCGCUCACGUAUACGUGGUGCGUGGCGAACUACGACCAGACCGUCAACUUCUACUUCAUGCAAAUCAAGGCGUCGUUGCUGCCCGCAGUUUUUCUGGGCUUCCGUCUGCUUGUCGACGGUCGAGCAAGUUUUUUCCAGGCCCUCUUUGGAAUGUGCGCCGCCUACAUCUACAACUGCAUCGAGACCGCGUCGCUCGGACCGCUGAUGUCGGUCAUCACCGGACAGCAGAUGCUGGAGCCGCCUCACCGCGUCGGCACCACCACCACGACGACAACCCACAACGUGUGGUACUACUCGCAGGGGUAUCUGCCGGCCCCCGUGUGGUUGAGGACGGCCAUAUCGAAGCUCACGGGCAUCGACUACAACUCGCGGAUCUUCCAGCGGCCGUACGGCAUGAUGUUCCAGGCCAAGCAGCCGGCAAAGAGUGCGGCGACACAGACCUCGUUUUUGCGCAGAAUGUCCAACAAUGCGUUCCAGGGUCGCGGCCAGAGACUGGGGUCUGCCAAGGAAUGA